UCUGCCAAGUCCAAAACAAAGGAGGCUCGCCGGACAGAUUUGCUGGUAAUACCCGGCUUUUACUCGCAACCGCGCAGAGCGAGUGCUUGAUAAGGGUUUCGUAGAGCCACUGUUCUCCUGUGUCCGUGGAUCUGCCUUCUUGUGAGGACUCCCCGCGUGUUGCAGAAGCCACAGGUCCCUGCUCGGCUGUGACUCAGCAACCGGCGCGCGCGCGGUGGUCGCCGGAGGAAGCCGUCGCUGCUGGCAGCAGUUUCAAGAGCGGAUUGAAAUUCCGGCUGUGACGCGGAGGAAAGUUUCCCGGAGGAGAGGCGCUGUCCUCGGUGCUGAAAAGGAGUCGGCGUGAGGAGGGCGUUGGGCAGCGACGAUGCCAACCCGAGUCCAGCUGCAAACUUUUCUACUCAUGCUUUGUGCUGGCUCCAUCCAGCUUGUAUGUGUGGACGUCCCUUCAGGCACAGAAGCUGUCCUCGGGAAAGACAUGAAGUUAACCUGUAUCUCCUGCAUGAAGAGAGAGGAGGUCAAAGCCAAGACACUGGUGCAUUGGUACUAUGUUCUGAAAACAGAACGUGGUUCCACAGUGAACAAAAGCCUUAUAUACAAGUUUGAGGUAGACAGCCCGGUGCCGGUGCCAAGUCCCUUCAUGGGUCGUUUGUUGUGGAACGGGAGCCAGGAUUUGCAGGACUUAUCCAUCAGUAUUCGUAACGUCACCUACGACGACAGCGGUGUUUACGAGUGCCACGUAUUUCGGCAGUUUGAGUUUGACUUCUUCUCACCCUCCAUCUCCAUCGUCAAAAACAUCUCGCUGAAGGUGAUAGAAGAAGCCAGCGUAGACACCGCAGCCAUCUACUCCGAGAUCAUGAUGUAUGUGCUGCUGGUGUUCCUGACGUUCUGGCUGCUUGUUGAGAUGGUCUACUGCUACCGGAAGAUCUCCAGGUCUGAUAAGCAGGCGCAGGACACAGCGACAAACUAUCUAGCCGUUCCCUCCGGGCACAAAGAAAAUCCAACAGCGCCAAUUUCUGAAUAGAAAAGUCGGAAACGGUAUUGACCAAUCAUGAAGGGACUUGGAGGUCAUGUGAUGUCUGCAAGUGCAGCGUUUGCCACGCUACGAGCUGACUCCACUCGUGGACAACAUGCUAUUGUGGCAGAGAAUUCAGGUUCCUGAACAAUGGUGUGACUGCUUCACUGCGACGUGCAAAGCUUUGUACGCUCAACUGCCUAGCCUACUUUGUUAAUAUUUGAUACGUGAAAUGGAUUUCUGGUCACGAUUUUAUCAGUGUUGGCCGAUACUUUUUUGGUGUUUUUUUGGCAAUAGAAUUGCAUUGCUUUUAUACCCUUUGGAUGUGCGUUCAUACCAAUUCGUACUGUGGUUGGCAACUUCUUUUUUUUAAAUGAAUUUUGCAAGAUUUUAUGCAAGGAAAUGAACUGAGUAAUAAUCGUCGGAAGAAAUGAACUUACAUUGUUGAUGAGAUUUCAUGAGGCUUAAUCAAAUUUCAAGAUGGAUGCUGAGAAGUUUUCCCAUGUUUCACCUUCUGCGUUGCCAAAUAUCCUUGGUGUGAAGUUUGAGACUCACUUGUGUUCAUGUUACUCAUGUAUAACCAGAUAAUUCAUCAUAAACAAAGUAAUAUUCAGAAGUUAGAAAUGCUUAUUUUGCUGGGAAAACAUGAAACAUGCCAAUUAAACUCACUGUGGUAUGAAUGAAGUUUGCAUAGUUGGCAAGUAAGUUGGCGUAUUUAUCCACCACGCGCUGUGUUUUUGCAUUUUCUUUUUCAUCAAUUGGUAGUGAUGGGCAGAUGAGGCUUCAUGAAACAGUGUCCUUAUUUUUACAGCUGGUUUGGUUUAAAAACGAUGAGCAAGUUUCAAUAAAAUGGUUGUUCCAAUCUAAGGAUUUCUCAGCAGAGAGCGCCAUCUAGUGGGCUCUGAAAAUGGGGACACUGUUCCGUGAAGCCUCAUCAGCCCAUCACUGUCAAUUGGUGAUAAGUUUCACCAGAGCUUUGUGGCUGCCGUUGGACCAUAGCAUUUCAAUCUGAAUUGGUGCCUAUUCCUGUGGUGCAACGUUGUGUGACUCAGUUAUACAGCACUUUUUGUGUGUAUCAUGUUGGAGUUCUUGUGUGAAUGAGCCAAUUUUGGACAAUUAAACCAAUUCAAUUCAGCGCUGCCUUGUUCCUCUGCUCUCUGAAAUAUUUCUUUUUCAAAGGAUUGUACCGUGUGUGUAUGAUGGAAGCAUGCAGUGUUGAACGUGACUAAUGGUCUUCAGCUCUUCAUCAUCAUCAUCGUCAUCAGGGGCGGCUGUGUGGGGUUCAAAGACGUGGCCUCAGAACCGACCACAAUAGGCAAGUGCGCUUUUCUAGCGCUCAUUAACGCUGCAGAAUGGCACCUAGCUAAGAGACCUGUGAUGUGCUUCCACUUCAAGUCAACACGGGUUUUUUAAUUGCCCGUCCCCUGCCGACUUCAGUCCAACUA